AUGGGCAAGACAGGACAGAGUACGGUGGACUUGAACUCCCCGAGUGACAUCAAGCAAGCCGUUCCCUUCGAGGAUCUGGAACUUGCGGUGCCCCCUGCAGACCAACAGAAACAAAAAGAGGAGCCCCCUGACCGAGGCAGCUGGAAGGGCAAGUUUGACUUCCUGCUCUCGUGUAUUGGGUACGCCAUUGGCUUGGGUAAUGUCUGGAGGUUCCCGUAUUUGUGUGGCAAAAAUGGUGGAGGAGCAUUCUUGAUCCCGUACUUCCUGACUCUGGUGUUUGCUGGGAUACCGCUGUUCUUACUGGAGACAUCAUUGGGACAGUUCACCUCAGUGGGAGGUCUUGGGGUGUGGAAGCUCAUGCCGAUGAUGAAGGGUGUCGGUUUGGCUGCAGUGGUGCUGUCCUUCUGGCUCAACAUCUACUACAUCAUCAUCAUAGCCUGGGCCCUCUACUACUUGUUCAACUCCUUCGGUUCGGAGCUUCCCUGGCAAAACUGUGACAAUCUCUGGAACACUGAUAAGUGUUUCUGUAACUACAGCCUGACGGACACCACCAACCUGACCAGUGCUGUCACAGAAUUCUGGGAACGUAACAUGCACCAGUUAUCCGGUGGUCUGGAGGAGCCUGGGGAGCUUCGUUGGCCCCUGGUGGGCACCUUGGCGCUCGCCUGGGUGCUCGUCUAUUUCUCAAUCUGGAAGGGAGUGGAAUGGACUGGGAAGGUGGUGUAUUUCUCAGCUACCUACCCCUACUUUAUGCUCUUCAUCCUGUUCUUUCGAGGAGUCACGCUUCCGGGAGCCAUCGACGGCAUCCGUUUCUACAUCACCCCAGACUUCAAUAAGCUCGUCAGCUCAGAGGUGUGGCUGGACGCUGCUACUCAAAUCUUCUUCUCCUACGGUCUGGGCCUGGGCUCGCUCAUCGCACUGGGCAGCUACAACCGCUAUAAUAAUGACGUCUACAAGGACUCCAUCAUCGUGUGCUGCAUCAACUCCUGCACCAGCAUGUUCGCCGGCUUCGUCAUCUUCUCCAUUGUCGGUUUCAUGUCGUACAUCACCAAGAAACCUGUUCAGGAGCUAGCUGCUUCGGGUCCUGGGCUGGCGUUUUUGGCGUAUCCUCAGGCGGUCACACAGCUGCCAAUGUCGUCUUUGUGGGCCAUCCUCUUCUUCUCCAUGCUCAUGAUGCUGGGCUUGGACAGCCAGUUCUGCACGGUGGAAGGCUUCAUCACAGCGCUGAUGGACGAGUAUCCCAUGUUGCUGAGAAAGAGGAAGAAAGUGUUCAUCCUGAUCGUCUGCUUUGUGUCCUUCAUCAUCGGGUUCUCCAACAUCACACAGGGUGGCCUUUACGUGUUCAAGCUGUUUGACUACUACUCAGCCAGCGGAAUGUGCCUCCUCUACCUAGUCUUCUUUGAGACAGUCUCCAUCGCCUGGCUUUACGGAGCCGAGAGAUUCUACAAGGACAUCGAGGAUAUGAUUGGCUACCGGCCCUGCGUUUGGUGGAAGCUCUGUUGGAAGUUUUUCACGCCGCUCAUCUGCUUGGGUGUGUUUACCUUCAGCGCUGUGGAGAUGACACCCCUGACUCUGGGCAAGUACGUGUACCCCGUAUGGGGCCAAACCAUCGGUUGGUUCAUGGCCUUGUCCUCCAUGGUGCUCAUCCCUGGCUACGUCGUCUACAUGCUGUGCACGACUCCGGGAAGCAUCAAGGAGCGCUGGAAGAGGAUGACAACAUCACAGCAGGAGGAAAGGUCAUCGGGUCAUGAUGUUUUUACGCACACUGGGAAUGUUGGUGAAGCCCUCGUCUAG